CCUGCGACACAACACACAAACAACACGCCGGCCACAGCUCUAGAGCACUCGCCUCCUCGGCAGCCGACAGCGCCACACGACCAGUGGUACCACAUAUCAUCCCUGUUGCAUCGCUAAGACUCAACAUUCAUGAAGAGUAUCAGCAAUUCGUACCCUAUGCACGGACACGACUGCACGUAAACAUUGAAAGAUAAGCCUUCGGUAAAUCAGAAGCAUGCGUGCGCGCGGGGCUCCGGGGGCGCUGCACGCGCUGGCGGUGCUGGCGUGCGCGCUGCUCUGCCGCGGCAAGAUCCUGCGCAACAACGCGCUCAUGAACCAGAUGAUGUCGCAGUUCCAGCGCGACAACAGCAACAACCUGUCGCUGGAGCCGGUGGUGGUGCAGGCCAGCCAGGUGGUGCAGGCGGUGCCGGGCGGCGACGGGGGCGCGGGGGGCGCGCGCGUGCUGGCGCUCAUGCAGUCCGUGCUCUGCAAGAACUUCCCCAGCAUCCCCUGCCGGCUCAUCACGCAGGACCGCACGCUCAGCCGACUAAUAGAAAAAUCAAUUCAGCAGAUCAAUUACAAGAAGCUGUCGCUCGAGAAGACGACGCAGGCCGACAACCGCAGGACCGAGUACCCCCUCAUCAACAGCGAGGAUCUGUCUAAUUUUCUCCAGGUCCAAAACACUGGGUACUUUGACAACGGUCCGGUGAAGCGGAGGCGAAAGAAACAGAAGCUCAAGACGGAGCGAGUGAACUGGUCGAAGGAGAAAGGAAAAAAGUCGAGUAAACAGAACAAGCGCACGUCGGUGUUCGGGCGCAAGAAACUGCGCAAGUUCUACCCGCACAAGGUGAAGUACAAGGACAAGACGCACAGCGCCCAGCUGGAGUUCCGCGGCGAGUACUCGGGCGAGCGGGGCGGCGAGCGGGGCGCGCGGGGGGAGCGCGGCUCGCUGUCGCUGGAGCUGCCGGCGGGCGCGCUGGCGCCGGCGCAGCAGCACUACGCGUACAAGCGCGAGCCCGCAGCGCCGGCGGUGUGGCGCAUCGACUACGCCAAGCACGGCGGACCCAGCCUCAACCUGCUCGGCUCGCUCACCAAGACGCAGGGCGGCGGCGGCGGCGGCGGCGCGGGCGGCGGAGACGAGCAGGGCCGCAAGGACGUGCUGCACCCGGACGUCUACAUAAAGAAGAACUUCAUCAGAAAGAACUCCGAGCUGGUGGACUGAGUGCGGCAACUGGCGAUACUUAGACUAAAGGCA